UCGGUUGGCUUUGGGGGUAGGCAAGGGCCACGCUGAGUGAUCGCGACCCCAUCCCAUGGAAGGCGGAAGGCACCACCUGGGUGUGCCGCAGUACAACUCACGGUGUGGGGAGAGUCGUCAGAAAAAGAACGAACUCGGCGUGGUUUUCUGUCUUUGCGUGCAGGAUUAUUAAAGGAGGAACAGGGGACCGGCGCGGAGUAUUUCCCCACCCAGGGGAACGCGAAACGCGUCUGCGGCGGGUGCGCAGGCCCGCGCCGUGGCCCCUCUCCCAAGGUGGCGGGCACUCCCCCGCCCCGGGCCGCGGCCCUCCCGCCCAGGCGGAGACGCGCGGAGGAUUGUGGGCUGGGGGCUGCGGCGGCCUCGCUGCGGCCUCCAGCGCUGUCUCCGUGACCCGGCCAGAGUGAGCCGGGCCGGGCCGGCGGGGUGAGGAGAAGCAGUGGAGCAGAGAGCAGAAGCGCUAAGGGCAGUGGUCGCGGCGUGGCGGCAGUGGCGGCGGCGGCGGCUCCUCUGGUGGCCGGGGAUGUGGGAGAGGCGGUGGGAGAGGCGGUGGCAGCAGCGGCGGAGGCGGUGCUGCGGACCCGGGGGGAACUGCUGGCUGACAGGACACCCGGGAGAGACGUGAGGGAGCCGCCGCUGCCGCCUCUCAUCCCCGAGCGGAGCCGGGCUCGAGAGGGCGGCCCUGCGCACUCCGAGCAGACGGGUCAGCAGGCGCGGGGCGGGGACGGGAAGCCGAGCUCGGGCUCAGCCGGGCCCCAGGCGCCAGGAGGCGGCGGCCGCGGAGCAGCAGCCUCUGCGCGACGUGGAGGGCUGAAGGCGGUGGCGAUGCAGUAGGCCUCGCUCUGGGGCAGCUGCCCGGGACCCGCAGUUGUGUGGUGAUUUUAUGCAAUGGCUUCAAGCCACAGUUCUUCACCAGUGCCUCAAGGAAGCAGCAGUGAUGUUUUCCUUAAAAAAGAGGUAGAUCCAACAAAACACAUUCGACCUGUACAGUCACUGCCAGAUGUGUGCCCCAAGGAACCCACAGGUGAUUCAAAUAGUUUAUGUGUUGCUCCAUCUCUAGUUACAGAUCAACAUAGAUGGACUGUUUAUCAUUCCAAAGUAAAUCUCCCAGCAGCAUUAAAUGAUCCUCGGUUAGCAAAAAGAGAAUCUGACUUCUUUACAAAAACAUGGGGAUUGGACUUUGUGGACACUGAAGUCAUACCUUCAUUCUACCUCCCACAGAUCAGCAAGGAACAUUUUACAGUGUAUCAACAGGAAAUCUCUCAGCGAGAGAAGAUUCAUGAGAAAUGCAAGAAUAUUUGUCCUCCUAAAGAUACUUUUGACAGGACUCUCUUACAUACACAUGAUAAAUCCAGGACAGAUCUGGAGCAAGUACCUAAGAUUUUUAUGAAACCAGAUUUUGCCUUGGACGAUUCCUUAACUUUUAAUUCAGUUUUACCAUGGUCUCAUUUUAAUACUGCUGGUGGAAAAGGAAAUCGUGAUGCAGCUUCCUCAAAGUUGCUUCAAGAAAAGCUGAGCCAUUAUCUGGAUAUUGUGGAAGUAAACAUUGCUCACCAGAUCUCUCUACGUUCAGAAGCAUUUUUUCAUGCAAUGACCUCUCAAAACGAGCUGCAGGACUACCUCAAGAAAACUUCCCAGGCUGUAAAAAUGCUUCGAGAUAAAAUUGCACAGAUUGAUAAAGUAAUGUGUGAAGGAUCACUACACAUUUUAAGACUGGCACUUACCAGAAAUAAUUGUGUUAAAGUGUACAAUAAACUGAAGUUAAUGGCCACUGUACACCAGACUCAGCCUACAGUACAGGUGUUGUUAUCUACUUCUGAAUUUGUUGGAGCAUUGGACUUAAUAGCAACAACACAAGAGGUUCUACAGCAGGAACUUCAGGGCAUUCACAGUUUCCGGCAUUUGGGAUCACAGCUUUGUGAAUUAGAAAAACUGAUAGAUAAAAUGAUGAUUGCAGAAUUUUCUACUUAUUCUCAUAGUGACUUAAAUAGGCCACUGGAAGAUGACUGUCAAAUUUUAGAAGAGGAAAGACUCAUAUCUCUUGUAUUUGGACUUUUAAAAAAAAGAAAACUCAAUUUUUUAGAAAUCUAUGGUGAAGAAAUGAUUAUUACUGCAAAGAAUAUCAUUAAACAGUGUGUGAUUAAUAAGGUUUCCCAAAUAGAAGAAAUAGACACAGAUGUUGUUGCAAAGCUUGCAGAUCAGAUGAGAAUGUUGAAUUUUCUCCAGUGGUUUGAUCUGUUAAAGGAUAUUUUCUCUAAAUUUACAAUUUUCCUACAGAGAGUUAAGGCAACAUUAAAUACCAUUCAUAGUGUUGUUCUCUCAGUUCUGGACAAAAACCAAAGGACUAGGGAAUUGGAAGAGAUUUCACAACAGAAGAAUGCUGCAAAAGACAAUUCGUUGGACACAGAAGUUGCUUAUUUAAUCCAUGAAGGCAUGUUUAUAAGUGAUGCAUUCAGUGAGGGUGAAUUAACACCUGUAGCAGUUGACACCACCUCUCAAAGAAAUGCAUCUCCAGAUAGUGAGCCCUGCAGCAGUGAUUCGGUAUCUGAACCAGAAUGUACUACUGAUUCUUCAUCAAGCAAAGAGCAGACAUCAUCAUCUGUUACUCCAGGUGGUGUAGAUAUUAUGGUCAGUGAGGACAUGAAAUUAACUGACUUAGAGCUAGGAAAGCUGGCAAAUAGUAUCCAGGAGCUUUUGUAUAGUGCCUCAGAUAUAUGCCAUGAUCGAGCUGUCAGAUUUCUCAUGUCAAGAGCAAAGGAUGGUUUUCUUGAGAAGCUAAAUUCUACAGAAUUCAUAACACUUUCUAGAUUAAUAGAAGCCUUCAUUUUAGACACUGAACAGAUCUGUGGAAGAAAAAGCAUGUCAUUACUUGGAGCACUUCAGAGUCAAGCUAAUAAAUUUGUAAAUAGGUUUCAUGAAGAGAGAAAAACCAAGCUCAGCCUCCUGUUAGACAAUGAACGCUGGAAGCAAGCUGAUGUUCCUGCAGAAUUUCAAGAUCUUGUUGAUUCUAUAGCUGAUGGAAAAAUUGCUUUACCUGAAAAAAAAUCAGGGGCUACAGAAGAAAGAAAACCAGCUGAAGUUCUCAUUGUUGAGGGACAACAGUAUGCUGUUGUUGGAACUGUAUUGCUGUUAAUAAGAAUUAUCCUUGAAUACUGCCAAUGUGUGGAUAACAUCCCAUCUGUUACUACUGACAUGCUUACUCGUCUGUCAGACUUAUUGAAGUACUUCAAUUCAAGAAGUUGCCAGUUAGUUCUUGGAGCUGGUGCAUUGCAAGUUGUUGGACUAAAAACAAUAACUACAAAAAAUUUGGCUCUUUCUUCACGUUGUCUUCAGUUAAUUGUGCACUACAUUCCUGUGAUACGGGCUCAUUUUGAAGCUCGACUGCAGCCUAAGCAAUAUAGCAUGCUUAGGCAUUUUGAUCAUAUCACUAAGGACUACCAUGACCACAUAGCUGAAAUAUCAGCUAAGCUUGUAGCGAUAAUGGAUAGCUUAUUUGACAAGCUGUUAUCUAAGUAUGAGGUGAAAGCUCCUGUUCCUUCUGCCUGCUUCAGGAAUAUUUGUAAGCAAAUGGCAAAAAUGCAUGAAGCUAUAUUUGAUCUCCUUCCAGAAGAACAAACACAGAUGUUGUUUUUAAGAAUUAAUACAAGUUACAAACUUCACUUGAAAAAGCAGUUAUCUCACUUAAAUGUGAUAAAUGAUGGAGGACCUCAAAAUGGGUUGGUCACAGCAGAUGUAGCUUUUUACACUGGAAAUCUUCAAGCCUUAAAAGGCCUUAAAGAUUUGGACCUAAAUAUGGCUGAGAUCUGGGAACAGAAGAGGUGAUGACAUACUGGAAAACUAAGUAGGUCAUCUGACCAGUGGGAGAUAUGUUUAUGAAGAAAAUAUGGAUGCCUGUGACUCGAGAACUGAUCCUGGAACCCAAAGAGAACUGGGGUAGGGAAGGGGAAAAGGAAAGUAUCAGUGCUGGGAAUCUGGAUUCAGGGGGAUCUACAAGGAAUGCCAUUUUUGUGCAUCCUUUAGUAAGGAAUAACUGAUCAGGUGUCUAUAACAUUUUUCAUUCUCUCUGGAAACAGACUCAGGUUUCUUUGGACCAAAUCCAAAAGAACACAUAGCUGUAACACAGCUGUAGUUGACUAGAAUGCUCUGUAUACUUUAUAUUUAAAAAAAAAUGCUUUGCAUUUCUUCCAGUGCAAUGAAAUUCAUAUGGUAUCCCACCUUAUUUAAUAAUGGUACAACUUAAAAUAUUAAAAAUCUUAGUCAACCUCUGUAGAAAGUUUUCUCUAUGAAAGUAAAGCUGUUUGAAAAAUUAUUUUUUUACAGAUCUUUCUAUAAAAAUAAACAUCUUUUGAUUGCUUGGAUUUAGGAAUUCAGUUUUUGUUUUAGUGACUAAUGUCAAGUUUCAGGUUUUGUGUGUCACAUAUUGAAUCUUUCUACUCCUACCACUUAUCAGCCUUCCAGAACAGUCUAAAUACUCGAAAGGCCAAUUACUCGGAAUAAUUAAAUAAGAUAUUGGCAUUAAUUUGUUCAACUAAUUUAAAUACUAUAAAGAAGCGGCAUAAAAAAGGCUACAGUAUAAUAGCUGUAUUUUUACGAAAGUAUGAAGUUUUUUCCCUUUUUAUUCCUAGUGGGGGUAAGAAUUUGUAUUCAUAUAAUCUGCCGCCUUAUGAGUUCUAAUUUUAACAUUUAGAUAAACAUAUGAAGAAUGGCCCCCUUGGGUUCUUGUUUUUAAGUUACUUUUGAUGUGUAUAUGAACAAAGACCAGGGAGGAGAAGAACUUUUAAAAUACAGACUAUAUUGGACCCAGAAAUAUAAGGUGAUGAGUUAAGUUGUUUAAAGACUUUUUAUAAUUCCUACCUUCAAAAUUAAAAUCAGCAGCACUCUACAAAUGAAAGUGCCUGUGCCUCACCUCACAUUGAGAAUCUUGCCUACCCUGUUAGUGCCUAACCUUGUGGUGAUUAUGUACAAUGAAAUAGUUUUAUUUUGUGCUCUUCAGUGUCCUAAAAGGAAAGCCUGUUGUCUUUAUCAUUAUAGAGGUAUGUCAUUGGUUCAUAAACUGUCUAAAAUAAAGGUAUAAAAAAUUACCAGACUUUAAAAGACAACUUCUUUUAAUAGUAUACAGUAUACUUUAAAAUAAAUAAAUAAGCAGCCUACUCAAAACAAGUAUGCAGAAAUUGGAAAAUGUGAUUUUAGAGAAAAGGCACAAUGGAACUUCCAGCAGACCUGAUUUGAAAGUUAUUCAUGAACAGUUUUCAAGAAAAGGAAACUUCAAGGAAAGGGAACUUGUCUGUAAAAAGUUAUACUGCCACCCCACCCCCCAGACUAGAGAACAAGGAUGUGACAGAAAUGCCCAACCUCUGCCCAACCCACCCCUCUCAGCUAGGAAAAGAAACACUGCUUUGUUUCAAUAAAUGGAAAGUCUGUGGAAAGCAUGGCAGGCAUCCCAUCCCAGCUUUAGAACAAGAUGAGAGGUACUGAAUACCUUCAAGUUUAAUUCCUAUAGAAAUAACUGGGUUUGCUAGGUACUGGCCAGUGAGUAAAUAUUCCAGGAGCAAAUUUUCCAGGAGCAAAUCUUCCAACUCAUAUAACUGUUUAGUAAGAGCAAACCAUUUUAUUUCAUCAUUUCAUAAAGUUGUCCUUGAAAAGCAUAAAGGUAUACAUGUAUUACUUCACAGCUUUAUUUUUGAAACCAUAAGCAAUUCAAAAUGACCAUCACUAAGGCAUCUGUUAAAAGAUCUUCCAGCAGAGCUGCCCUAGUUUAAGCAUUGCACUUUAAGAUUAACUGACUUUCAGGAUUCUCUUCAAAAUGAAAAGUAUUGCUUCCAUCUGUGCUUUUCUUAGACUAAAAGCAUACUGCAGAAAACUCUACUUUAAAAAUUAACAGUGCAAGAUACUGCAGAAAACUCUACUUUAAAAAUUAACAGUGCAAGAUACAGUAACAUAGUACCUGCCUAUUUUAGAAUCCUAGAUAACAUUUUAUUGUAAGAAACUAUUUAACCCAUAAUUAGUAUAAAGUGUACACAGUAUUUUCCAGUUCAGUGGUCCAAAAUGCGAAGGUUUCCAGAUACAAUCUUGUUCUCUAAUACUGCUCCAGGUGGGAUGUCAAUUCUGUCACCAUGAUUUGCGAUGAUGAUAACUGUUCCCUAAGUGACAGGGAAAACAAAAAGCAAGAGUGUACUUGCAGCAGCAACUGAAAUGAAAUCGAUAAUCUUAAAAUUACCCAGUUUGUGUAGAACUACUUUACAAUGGAGUAACUGUAUUUAUAAACAUUAAACAUGAAAAACGUUA